AUGGAGAAAAGUAGGAUGAACCUGCCCAAGCGGCCGGAGACGCUGUGCUUUGACAAGGACGAGUUCAUGAAGGUGCUCCCGGGGGACUGCGCGCUCCGAGCCGAAGCGGAUGGCCUGUCUUCCUUUCCCUCCGGGGCCUCCUCCAGGUGCUGGCCGCGCACGCCCCGGAUCAGCCCCCGGCGGGACCUCGCUGCCUUCGCACAUAUAGCUGGUAUUACAGCCAUGUUACAACAGUCAUUGGAAGGCCUCCUAUUAGAAGGUCUUCAGACUUCCCGUGUCAAUAUUAUUCGGCACUGCUUACGGACUUAUGCCACAAUUGACAAGACACGGGAUGCAGAGGGGUUAGUUGGUCAAGUCUUCGUGAAACUAUUUAGAGAAAUAGCAGAAUCUUUAGAAGCAGCACUUACAGAUGUCCUGGAAGAUGCACCAAGUAACAUUCUCAGAGUGACACAGGCCAUCGUUAAGACGUGGAGCAGCCUUCAGAGGUGCUGGUCUGACAAGAUGUUCUUGCCACUGCUGACGCACUGUCUGUGGAAACUGACGCUGCAGAUUCUGGCGCGGUACUCCAUAUUUGUCAAGGAGCACCAUUAUCUGCUGGGCACCUUCGUUAUCAGUUUGCUGAGCAAGAAAUUUCUUUACUCCUCACCUCACAACAAGCACAUGUAG